AUGGCUGAAGCACGGAUCUCAGUACUUUGCAGUGGAAAUGGAACAAAUCUUCAGGCACUCAUCGACUCGUGCGCUUCCAACGCACCUGAUAGCAUACGGGGCAAGAUUAUCAAAGUGACGGUAAAUAGGAAAGGGGCAUAUGCUACCACGAGGGCAGAGAAAGCCGGCAUUCCUACGGACUACUUCAACUUGGUCAAAGAUGGAUAUCAAAAACUCGGGGAGAAGGAUCCGGCGGUGUUGAAAGAGGCACGCCUGAGAUACGAUGCCGAUUUGGCUGAGAGAAUCUUGCGAGAUAAACCGGACCUUGUCGUCUUGGCAGGCUGGAUGCACGUUCUGUCGACGAACUUCCUGCGGCCGGUCAGUACUGCCGGUGUGCCGAUCAUAAAUCUUCACCCCGCUUUACCGGGUGCGUAUGAUGGUGCUGGUGCGAUUGAAAGAGCCUACGAGGAUUUCAAGGCCGGAAAGCUCGAGGACAACACAACUGGAAUCAUGAUUCACUAUGUCAUUGCCGAAGUCGACCGUGGCGAACCUAUUCUAGUUCAGAAAAUCCAGAUCCAGGAGGGAGAAAGCCUAGAAGACCUAGAGCAGAAGAUACAUGGAUAUGAGCAUGACCUGAUUGUCAAAGCGACUGCAUUGUUAGCAGAGAAGGUAUCAGCGGCAAAGGCAGCAAAAACGUGA